GACGGCUACGUCAUUCAAAUGCGCCAGUAACUCAUGUGAAGAGCUGGGUUCUCAAAAGAUAUCGAUGGAUGAAACUGAUCAGGAAUCGAUCAGCAGCUCAUUGAUCACUAAGAAGAUGAACAGAGAAGAAGAGGCAGAGCAUCAAAAUGACACAUCUCAGGGUUUCAAAGAGAGGGAGGGGGAGACCACCAAAAGCCAAAAUGGUGGUGAUGGAGAUCAGGAAAUAAAGGAGAGGAAGAACGAAAAGCAAUGUCAUCCAGGUAUCAUCUACCUAGGUCACAUUCCUCCAAUGCUCCGCCCCAAGCACCUGAGAAACUUGUUGUCCGUGUAUGGAGAGAUCGGACGUAUAUUCAUGCAGCCUGAAGACCGACAGGUGAGGAGGAGGAAGAGGAACUCUGGAUCAAGAAGGAGUAAGUUUGUUGAAGGAUGGGUGGAGUUUAGAGACAAGCAAAUAGCAAAGAGAGUGGCGUCGUCGCUCCACAACACGCCGAUGGGAACCAAGAGGCGCCAGAUGUUCUUUGCUGACCUCUGGAACAUGAAGUACCUGCACAGGUUCCAGUGGACUCACCUGAACGAGAGGCUGGCCUAUGAGCAGACAGUGCUCCAGCAGCGACUCCGAGCUGAAGUUUCUCAGGCCAAGAGGGAAACAGAUUUUUAUCUGAGCAAUGUGGAGAAGAGUGCUCACCUGGACAAAGUGAGGAAGAAGAGGCAGAAAGAUGGUGAACAGGUGGAUGAGAAAAGGUGGGAAUUCACCCAGCGACCAACAGAGGAUGAGUUUCAAAAGAGGAAGAAGACAAAGUCUAUUUCCCAAAAGCACUUGGACAAGGCCUGCCUCCUGCAGGAGAAGAGCCAAUCAAAUGCCUCGCUGCUGGUGAAGAUCUUUAACUCCAGUCCAUCUGAGUAACGGCCAACAGCUGAAACAUUAACUAUUAUUAAUGCCUCAUUGUCUAACUAAUCCCAUGCAGACACAUGGCAAAAGUA